GGCAUUGAUAACGUAUAUUUCACAAUUAUUGUGUCUGUUUGUUUUUAAUUCAAGGUGUUAAAAGUUAUAACACGUGAAAAUGUUAUUAUACUGUGAUCCAGAGAACGACUCGGAUACCAACCACAAAACAAUGAGCGACGAAAGUAAGCAGGAGGUCAGCAUGCAACCAGAUUCAAGCAGCGAGUCGGCAUCUGAAGACGAAUCGGCUCCAACAUCUGACGCUUUAAACCAAAAUUAUUAUGAUAAAGUCAUUGCGGAGUCACUUGCGGAGAACAUGUAUAAUCUAAUCGUGGAGUCGGACCAAGAUGAUGACGACGAUGAUUUGAAUCCAUCGCCCUCAUCACAACCACCAAAUCAGCCGUUUGUAUUUGAUAACUACGCAGAAGACGACUUUGAAGAAUCUGAUAUCGAUCAUAAGAUAAGCAAAAUUGCAGGAUUGGAACACUUGAUUGUGAACAGUCCUCUUUGGUACGCGCGUGUAAAGCCAUACUUGACGCUACCGGAACGAGAAAAAUUGUGGAACAGAACUCCUUGGAAAGAAAAAAUGUAUUGGAAUUGGGAUGACUCCGAAGACUCUGAUGCUGACUACGAUGAAGUUGCUCCUCUAAUAUUUAACGACCAGUACUAUAUCGCAUUUAUUUAAAAGUUUUUGUUGUAGCUAAUUUUGUUACGUAAAAUUAUGAUUUUACUUCUUAAGAUACUAUGGCGUCUUGUAAUUUAAGUUUAAACAUAUUUUAUAAACCCUUAAGUAUUAACAACUUGCAAGUGGGGUGAUGCGAGAU